AUGACUGACACAAAACAGCUAUUCAUUGAAGCCGGACAAAGUCAACUUUUCCACAAUUGGGAAAGCUUGUCUCGCAAAGACCAAGAAGAAUUGCUUUCAAACCUGGAGCAAAUAUCUUCCAAGAGGUCCCCUGCAAAACUACUGGAAGACUGUCAAAAUGCUAUUAAAUUCUCACUAGCUAACUCUUCUAAGGAUACUGGCGUCGAAAUUUCACCAUUGCCCCCUACUUCGUACGAGUCGCUUAUUGGCAACAGUAAGAAAGAAAAUGAAUACUGGCGUUUAGGCCUUGAAGCUAUUGGCAAGGGUGAAGUCGCAGUGAUUUUAAUGGCUGGCGGACAAGGUACGCGGUUAGGAUCCUCUCAACCAAAGGGCUGUUACGACAUUGGAUUGCCUUCUAAGAAAUCUCUUUUUCAAAUUCAAGCUGAAAAGUUGAUCAGGUUGCAAGAUAUGGUAAAGGACAAAAAGGUAGAAAUUCCUUGGUAUAUUAUGACAUCAGGCCCCACUAGAGCGGCUACUGAGGCAUACUUUCAAGAACACAAUUAUUUUGGCUUGAAUAAAGAACAAAUUACGUUCUUCAACCAGGGAACCCUGCCUGCCUUUGAUUUAACCGGGAAGCAUUUCCUAAUGAAAGACCCAGUAAACCUAUCUCAAUCACCAGAUGGAAAUGGUGGACUCUACCGUGCCAUCAAGGAAAACAAGUUGAACGAAGACUUUGAUAGGAGAGGAAUCAAGCAUGUUUACAUGUACUGUGUCGAUAAUGUCCUAUCUAAAAUCGCAGACCCUGUAUUUAUUGGUUUUGCCAUCAAGCAUGGCUUCGAACUGGCCACCAAAGCCGUUAGAAAGAGAGAUGCGCAUGAAUCAGUUGGGUUAAUUGCUACUAAAAACGAGAAACCAUGUGUCAUAGAAUAUUCUGAAAUUUCCAAUGAAUUGGCUGAAGCAAAGGAUAAAGAUGGCUUAUUAAAACUACGCGCAGGCAACAUUGUAAAUCAUUAUUACCUAGUGGAUUUACUAAAACGUGAUUUGGAUCAGUGGUGUGAGAAUAUGCCAUAUCACAUUGCGAAGAAGAAAAUUCCAGCUUAUGAUAGUGUUACCGGCAAGUACACUAAGCCUACCGAACCAAACGGUAUAAAAUUAGAGCAAUUCAUAUUUGAUGUCUUUGACACUGUACCACUGAACAAGUUUGGGUGCUUAGAAGUAGAUAGAUGCAAAGAAUUUUCACCUUUAAAAAACGGUCCUGGUUCUAAGAACGAUAAUCCUGAGACCAGCAGACUAGCAUAUUUGAAACUAGGAACCUCGUGGUUGGAAGAUGCAGGCGCUAUUGUAAAAGAUGGGGUACUAGUCGAAGUUUCCAGCAAAUUGAGUUAUGCAGGUGAAAAUCUAUCCCAGUUCAAAGGUAAAGUCUUUGACAGAAGUGGUAUAGUAUUAGAAAAAUAA